AUGGCUUACAGGAAACGUCACGCAGAAGAGGCUCUCGACGAGAUCGCAGGCAUUGCCUCGCCUGCCUCGAAACGCUCGAGAACAGUCGACUCCCUAGUAUCCAACGAAUCAAUCGAGCAAAACGGGCACGUCGCAGAGAGGGAGGAGGUAGCAACGCCGACAAACGGCAAUGCAGAGCCGGAAAGGAGGCAAGAUGAUGGCGACGAUGAAAGCGAUCUGGACGACGAGGCACCCAUACAAGCCCCCAUCCGCCAAUCCGCCCCGACAGACGGCUACGACGACCUCUACCUCGAUACGAUAGACCGCAACGUCCUCGACUUCGACUUCGAAAAGCUCUGCUCCGUCAGCUUAUCCAACAUCAACGUCUACGCCUGCCUCGUAUGCGGCCGCUACUACCAGGGUCGCGGGCCCAAGUCGCACGCCUACUUCCACGCCCUCGACGAGAACCACCACGUCUUCAUCAACAUGCAGACGCAAAAGGUCUACGUCCUACCCGAGGGCUACGAAGUCAAGUCCAAGUCGCUCGACGACAUCAAGUUCGUCUCGGACCCGCGAUAUAUCAAGCAGGAAGUCGCUGCGCUCGACCGCACGCCGCUGCGCGCGUCUUUCACGCUGGCUGGCAAGGAAUACGCCCCUGGGUUCGUGGGCAUGAACAACCUGAAGGAGAACGACUACCUCAACGUUAUCGUGCAAGCACUGUCACACGUCGCGCCACUGCGCAACUUUUGUUUGCUGGAAGACCUGUCAUCACGCUCUGAGCUGGCGAAGCGCUUUGGAAUCCUCGUCCGCAAGAUCUGGAACCCGCGCGCGUUCAAGGCCCAUGUCUCCCCUCACGAGCUGCUUCAAGAGAUCUCCCUCCUCUCGAGCAAGCGCUUUACUUUGACAGCACAAUCAGAUCCCGUUGAGUUCCUCUCAUGGUUUCUCAACAACCUGCACCUCGGACUCGGUGGCUCCAAGACCAAGCCAGGCAGCUCCGUUGUGCAGCGCAUCUUCCAGGGCAAGCUCAAGGUCGAGUCGCAAGCCAUCACCGCGCGCGCCGACGCCGGUGACCGCCUACGCUUCGAGGACGCCGCCGUGUCAGUAACAUCAACACGAUUCAUGUUCCUGACGCUCGACCUGCCCGCCGCGCCCCUCUUCCAGGACGAAUUAGAAAAGAACAUCAUCCCCCAGGUCCCUCUGACCACCAUCCUCUCAAAAUACGACGGCAUCCAGGCCCAGGAGCACCUGGCCCAACGCAAGCGGUACCGCCUCCUGCACCCCUUACCACCCUACCUCGUCUUCCACGUCAAGCGCUUCAGCCAGAACAAGUUCGUCUCGGAGCGCAACCCGACCAUCGUCACGUUCGACCCCAACGGCCUGGACGUCAGCCCGUACGUCGAGCCGAACCCGGGCGAGUGGCCGCCCGGCGAGCCCAUCAUCUACGACCUCGUCGCCAACGUCGUGCACGAGGCCGUCCGCGCGAAGGAGGACGUGGCGGACAGCGGGGAGGAGCGCAAGACCUGGAAGGUGCAGCUACGGGACAAGGGCCGCGACGAGUGGGUUUCUUGCCAGGAUCUGUUUGUGGAGAAGGUGCAGAGUGAGCUGUUGUACCUCGGCGAGACGUAUCUGCAGGUUUGGGAGAGGAGGCGGACGCCAAAGGGCAAGGGCAGGGCGUAG